UCUCUCUCGCUCUCUCUCACACACACACACUCAUUUCUCUCGCACACUCAAAAGAAGAGGCAGAAACUGAGCGCGCUCUCCGGCUACGUUUUGGACUUUCCACCCGCUCUCACCACAACAGCGACGUAUCCUCCGGCUACACACCGCGCUCAGCUCACUCUCAGCGGCUCCACUGCGCCUCCGUAGACGCUCCUCACUUCCUCUGAACGACUUUUUGUUUUUUUAUGACCAGGAUGACUGCGGCUGUUUUCCUGUUGCUGGCUCUCAUGUGCGCCGGCACACUCGCCCAAGUGCGGGCUACGGACAGUGUGACUGCUUUGUAUGGAGAGACCAUUGUGAUACCAUGCAACAAAGGAGCUCCUGCACCCGAUGAUCUGAUGUUCAUUAAGUGGAAAUAUGAGAAAGAUGACGGCACUCCCGGUGACCUGUUGGUCAAACAGGCCCGCAACGACCAGCCCACAGUUCAGGCCACGGACAAUUACGCCCGGCGGAUCAGCAUCGAUGACAAGUCCAGCCUGCUCAUCACCAAGGCCUCUCUCAAAGACCAGAAGACCUUCACCUGCAUGGUGGUGUCAGAGAGCAACCUCAUGGAAUACCCCACUACUGUUGCUGUUCACAAGAAACCGUCGUCAGUGACGGUCAUGGACAAGGCAGAAGUGCUGCAGAGAGACAAAGCAACGACGGUGGGGACGUGUGUUGCGACAGAUGCGAACCCGGCCGCCACAGUCACGUGGAAAAAGAAUAAACAGCCCCUGGUGGCUGACGGAAAAGCUGUUGUGAUUACCCCCAGCACGAGGCUGGAUCCAGCCACAGGCCUAUCCACCACCUCCUCCAUGCUCCAGUACGUCGCCACCAAGGACGAUGUCGGUGCAGUGUUUUCCUGCGUGUCCGAGCACGAGCUGGCCGUCGAGCAGAGCGACCUGGAGCCUUUUCCCAUUCAUUACCCAUCGGAGAAAGUGAGCCUUCAAAUUAUGUCCAAGAAGCCCAUCGUUGAAGGAGAUAACGUGACACUGAAGUGCCACGCUGACGGAAACCCUCCACCCAUGUCCUUCUUCUUUCACAUCAAGGGCCAGAAAAUGCUGGUGAAAAAUUCGGACACCUACACCUUGGCAUCCAUCAGUAGAGAGGCUGCAGGUGAAUACAAAUGCUCCCUGUCUGACAACGAGAAACUGGAAGCCUCCCAAAGCAUCGUUGUUGGCUACCUGGACCUGACUCUGCGUCCCACUGGGAAGGUUGUGAAGAGAGUAGGGGAGAACUUGCCUGUGACGAUGGAGAAGAGCACCUCGGGUGAUGCUAAGGUGUCAUGGACAAAGAAUGGAAAGCCCGUGAAGGAGCCAGUGUUCAGCAAGCUGACCUACGCUGAUGCGGGAGUCUACCUCUGUGAGGUCUCCAUGACAGGCAUCACACGACGCCAGAGCUUUGAACUGGUUGUUGAGGGGAGGCCUGUGAUCACGGGUCUGACCAAACACCGCGCUGUCGACGCCAAACACAAAGUUCUGACCUGCGAGGCUGAGGGAGUACCAGAGCCCAGCUUCCAAUGGAGCGUCAAUGUCACACAGGAGGAGACCUCCUACGUCAACGGCAAGGCCACGCAUAAAAUCACGGUGGUGCCAAAGUUGAACCUGACUGUUAGCUGCAGUGUGAGCAACAAGCUGGGUGAUGAUGUCAUGACCAUCAACGUCUCCUCUGUUUUUAUGGAGGAGAAGGAAGAAAAGGGCGCUUCGGAGGGCCCGGACGACCAGGCCAAGCUCAUAGUGGGUGUCGUGGUGGGGCUCCUCUUCGCUGCAGCAGCAGUGGGACUCAUCUACUGGCUCUACAUGAAGAAUUCAAGACAAGGCAGCUGGAAGACUGGUGAGAAGGAGGUGGGAACAUCUGAGGAGAGCAAGAAACUAGAGGAGAACAAUCACAUCGCUUAAAGAGUGGCCCCGGCUGCACCAUGUGGGACCAAAGAGAAGCAGUUGAAAGCAGUCUCGCGACAUCAAAACUACAGACUCCCAAGUUGGCUGCUGAUGUGCUUCAUCCAGCUCCACAUAAGCAGCAACAGUCCGAGUCGUUUUCCCACCACGUCCUGCUCAGAGCCUGCUGUCCCACCUCGCUGUUUGAAGUCCGCGUCGAGGCUGCCUCGUGUUACUGUGUCAUUUUGUUUCUCUGUGUUCCUGGUGAAUGCUCCCUCUUUCGUUCAAACUAUUCUGUGCGGCUGUGUGGUUCGGGUUUUUGGUUUUCUUUUUGCCACUUAAGUUCUCCCCCAACACCCCCCCCCCCCACCCCCUUCAAAGAAUGUAAAUUGUACACUUUUUAAGGCCUGUAUAACAAAAAUCUGAAAAAAUGUGUGUGCCCUGGCUGAGCAUGCCAAUGUUUAUUUUUUUCUCCUUUUGAUUCUUUGUGCGCUGUGUGGAAAAAAUAAGCCUAUGGCUGUGCUGAGAGAAGACGACACUUCACUGCUGUACAGUAUAGAUCCCCGAUGAAAUGGUCCAUUAACUUUUCAGAAAAUAACCUCCACAUCUCUCCCACCUCCUGACUUAUGGUCACUGGGUUUUAAACACUGGAAACUGGAUAUUUACAACAACAACAACAGCAACAGGAGUUAUAUUCAUAGUCAUCAUAAUCAAAAUAAGGAAGUGGAUGUACUGUGAAUGAUUUUUACAUACACAGUUCACGGUGAUCCAAAAGAAACCAAAAUCAUCCGUGUGAAAACCAAAUUGGACACCAGCCAGUGGAGCAUUGUGACACACCCAGCCGCUAAUUAGUUGUUUAUUUUUUUUUUUACUGACAGUCAUUUUCCCCUCUUCAGCUCUUUUCACUCUCUGUUAGUCUCGAGAGGGAGUUUUAAUUCAGCCAUGUUGUGAAUAAUUUUAUCUGAAAAGGCAAAACGUAAGAAAAAAAAAAAAAGGCAAUAAGUCAUCAGAAAAAGUAGAACUUCUGCUCUGCCUUAUCUUUUAUUAUUUUAUUAUUUUAUUUGUAGUUCAUGCUGUGAUUUUGUUUAACACACUACAUUUGUCGUCUUCAGGUCCUGUGCCAUCAUGUCCAGGCUGACACUAUGGUUUUCUUUUUUUCCUCACGUUGUUGUUUUGGAAGAGCUUUAGUGAUGCUAGGUCUGAAUGUUUUUUUUGGUGUAUUUAUAUUCUGCAUGUAACCUACCAUAAUGGUUGUGCUGCAGCGUGCACAAUGACUUGUCUGUUUUUUGUUGUUUUUUAUUUAGUUUUUGUUUGUUUUUCUAAAGCCUCUGUGAAAGGCAUCACGUUUUCUGCAAAGACACUGUGUGUAGUAGGGAGAGUGAUUUGAAACAUACGCGUACAGUAUCGCGGCUCAUUCUCUGCUGUAAUGUUGUCGUUAUCGUGUAAUUUGUUUAGCUCAGUGGCGCGAAGGAUAACCCAAACUGAAGACAGUGCAACAGGCAGAUGAGACGAGGUGCGUAAAGACGGCGGCUCCCUGGGUUUGCAUCAUUUCUGCUGUGGUUCAUUGGACAAAGCGACGUCCCCAGUGACCAAAGACAUAGUUGACAAUAUCAUGAAGUUCGGUACAUUUAGGCAUAAAAGCUUCUUCAUAUUCAACUAUUUAUAUCCUGUUUAAAUCACUGGACAGUUUGAGAAUACGAGUGGAUUAGUCACAAGUUUGAGUCGUAAUCUGGUGAAAAACCACUGUGGUAAAGGUUGAACACAUGGGACUCGUCUGUCAUGAUGUACCAUUCUCUUACACCUUUUUGGAAUACUAUGUAGAACCAAUGUAGCACACUUCCAUAGCCCGGCAUCGUUAAAACAACACUAUAUUUUAAAGGGAGGGUUGCGAAACUAAAGGACAUGAAAAGCAGUGGGUCAAUUUUUAUUUUUAUUUUUUUUUCCUUCCCCUACACAUUACCUUUUGUUUCUCUCAAAACGAUCAGGUCAGCAGUGAAACCAAAGAGGGUAAGAUGAGAAGGCCAUAGCAGUGUUGUAAAUACACACUUUUGUUUUUUGUACUGUUGUUGACAAUAAAGUGUACAUUUUGAGAAAAAAAAAAGACAAGUGUUACAUCCAAGUUUUUGUCAAUAAAUAGUCUCCAUAACUGAA